AUGUCAACUCAGCCGGCCCAACUUCUCGAAGGCCCUUAUGGGGCACAGAUGGAGCUCGACAAUCUGGAAUCUGCCCCAGAUGACAAUCUCGAUCACUUGGGCCGGUUUGCAAUGCUCAUACCAAUGAAUGCAGUGGCACGAUCUGCUAUAGAAGCAACCGCCCGGUCGGGAUCUGCCUACCAUCAACAAUUCAUCGGCGAGACUGUUGUUAGCGAGAGGAUUACAAAGUGUUUCACCCUCUCGCUGGGUACCUUGCCCGAAUUUGCCCAGAUUGGGUGGAGAAUUGGCAGGGGCCGCGACUCACUGAAAAAUAGAGGCGUAGAUCUCCUCCUGACUAUUGAGGAUCGUUGGGUUGAUCAAGACUCAGAGGAAGAUCAUAUUGCUGGUAUUCAUGCGCGACUGAAUUGGGUCAAGGGAGCCGGCGGCUUUUUUCUCAUCGCCGACAAUAAGAGAGGAGAGGCUGUGAUGAUGGACGGAGAUAUAUACCGAAAUGAUCAACGCAGCAUCCAACUCAAGAACAGUAUCAUGAUCGGAGAAUGCGUUUUCACUUUGCGUUACUUUCCCCGGACACCGGAGGAAGAGGAACAGUUUCAGGUGGAACUGGCCGAACUCUUCCGCAUAUUCCACAACGAUGCGAAUCCGCUGGUACUCUCUUUGCCUGGCGAUCACGAAAUGCGAUUUGGGGACUGGAUAUUCCAGAACCCGAUCUCGCGAGGAUCGUAUGGUGUUGUGUAUAUGGUAGUCAAUGCUAGGACCGGUCUACCAGCAGCCGCAAAACGAAUUUUGAAGUCGUCUAUUAACUCGUACGCUGUGGAUCGAGAGAUUAAGAUGACCUCUCGUAUUUCCAAGUUGACUCAUGUGAGUGGCAUAUCUCGUUGUCGCGUCGUGUCUGAGGGCUGCCUCUGA